UUCGCAACGGGUUUGCCGCCAGAACACAGGUGUCGUGAAAACCACCGCUAAACCUAAGCCAAAAUGGGAAAGGAAAAGACUCAUAUCAACAUCGUCGUCAUUGGACACGUAGAUUCGGGCAAGUCUACCACUACUGGUCAUCUGAUCUACAAAUGUGGUGGGAUCGACAAAAGAACUAUCGAAAAAUUUGAGAAGGAGGCUGCUGAGAUGGGAAAGGGCUCCUUCAAGUAUGCCUGGGUCUUGGAUAAACUGAAAGCCGAACGUGAACGUGGUAUCACCAUUGAUAUCUCCCUGUGGAAAUUCGAGACCAGCAAGUACUAUGUGACCAUCAUUGAUGCCCCAGGACACAGAGACUUUAUCAAAAAUAUGAUUACAGGCACAUCUCAGGCUGACUGUGCUGUCCUGAUCGUUGCUGCUGGUGUUGGCGAAUUUGAAGCAGGUAUCUCCAAGAAUGGGCAGACCCGUGAGCAUGCCCUUCUGGCUUACACACUGGGUGUAAAACAACUUAUUGUCGGUGUUAACAAAAUGGAUUCCACUGAGCCACCCUACAGCCAGAAGAGAUACGAGGAAAUCGUUAAGGAAGUCAGCACCUACAUUAAGAAAAUUGGCUACAACCCCGACACCGUAGCAUUUGUGCCAAUUUCUGGUUGGAAUGGUGACAACAUGCUGGAGCCAAGUGCUAAUAUGCCUUGGUUCAAGGGAUGGAAAGUCACCCGUAAAGAUGGCAAUGCCAGUGGAACCACACUGCUUGAAGCUCUGGAUUGCAUUCUGCCACCUACUCGUCCAACUGACAAGCCCUUGCGUCUGCCCCUCCAGGAUGUCUACAAAAUUGGUGGUAUUGGUACUGUCCCUGUGGGUCGAGUGGAGACCGGUGUUCUUAAGCCAGGCAUGGUGGUCACUUUUGCUCCAGUCAAUGUUACAACUGAAGUAAAGUCUGUUGAAAUGCACCAUGAAGCUUUGAGUGAGGCUCUACCUGGGGACAACAUGGGCUUCAAUGUCAAGAACGUAUCUGUCAAAGAUGUUCGUCGUGGCAAUGUGGCUGGUGAUAGCAAAAAUGACCCACCAAUGGAAGCAGCUGGCUUCACAGCUCAGGUGAUUAUCCUGAACCAUCCAGGCCAAAUCAGUGCCGGAUAUGCACCUGUGCUGGACUGUCACACAGCUCACAUCGCCUGCAAGUUUGCUGAGCUGAAGGAGAAGAUUGACCGUCGUUCUGGAAAAAAGCUGGAAGAUGGUCCCAAGUUCUUAAAAUCUGGUGAUGCUGCCAUCGUUGAUAUGGUUCCUGGCAAGCCCAUGUGUGUUGAGAGCUUCUCUGACUAUCCUCCUCUGGGCCGUUUUGCUGUUUGUGACAUGAGACAGACGGUUGCUGUGGGUGUCAUCAAAGCAGUGGACAAGAAGGCAGCUGGAGUUGGCAAGGUCACCAAGUCUGCCCAGAAAGCUCAGAAGGCUAAAUGAAUAUUAUCCCCAAUACCUGUCACCCCAGUCUUAAUCAGUGGUGGAAGAACGGUCUCAGAACUGUUUGUGUCAAUUGGCCAUUUAAGUUUAAUAGUAAAAGACUGGUUAAUGAUAACAAUGCAUCGUAAAACCUUCAGAAGGAAAGGAGAAUGUUUUGUGGACCAUUUGUUUUUUUUGUGUGUGGCAGUUUUAAGUUAUUAGUUUUUAAAAUCAGUACUUUUUAAUGGAAACAACUUUGACCAAAAAUCUGUCACAGA